GGUUCUCUUACCCUAAAUCACAUCAGGGUGUGAUGUCAGGCUGUAGGAAUGUACUCAGUAAUGUGUGUGUGUGUGUGUGUGUGUUUUCAGGCCUAUGUUCUCCAUGCUUGGGGGAAGAGGUUUAUUUUCUUUGCAGCACACCUGCUUCCUCACCUUUCACCCUGGUGACUUUCAUAAGGCAAAUAAAAAGUGAAGGCCAUUGUUUUUUUUUUAAAUUUACAUCAUGAUACAUGACGUGAUCGUUGACUCUAAAGAGUCUAAUAGUCUACGGGCUGCAUGUCCAUGGUUCUGGGACUUCCCAUAUCCUACUUUUAGAGCUGCUCGCUAGUCAUGGAAACUUAAGUGGUCACUGGAAAGAAAGAGUGCAAAUUGCCAACAUUUUCCAGUGAUUUUUGGCAGCACAUACAGUUAUGUCUGCCGACAAUAAACGGAUAGGGCGGAUCUACUGAACUGCUUUUUGUUGUUGUUUUUUUAGUGCUAAUAGACGAUUUCAUAUAGAACAAAUUAUCACCAGCACAUCAAUGUCACAAUUACUGAAGUGCAUAUUUGCAGCAUACUCAUUGGCAUUAAGACAAGAUAUAAUAUUAGAUAAUCCGAUCACUCAAAAAAACGUAUCAAUUUUCUCUUAAAUUUGAAGAUGUUUAGUUGUACAGUGUGAAAUUGUUUUUAAUCAAAUGAAACUGAACAUUCGAUGCAGGUGGAGUUGGCUCAAAUAGUAAUAACCUCUGCUUUUGACAAAAUGUUCUUGAUUGAAGAGGUAAGCAACUAAACUGACUUUUUUUCCACCCAUAAAUAAAAAAGGCACCAACAUCAAUGCACUGUAAAUAUCUGCAUCAGUAUUUGCCUGUGGCCUGGAAAUUCCCCAACUGCAUGUUUAUAGCAAGUGACUGAAGUAUUCAUUCAACUCAACAUGAAUUGGCUUCCUUGUCCCUUCUUUGACCCUUCUAUACUUUUGACUAUAUGAUAUAUUUGUGAUCCUUGUUGCAGUUUUGGCAACUACGUGAUACUUGCACUUGCUGUGCUGCUGUACACGUCUGUGACCUUUGCAACCGUUGCAGUAAACCCGUUCUUCUAGCAGCUCAGUGUUCUGACUGAGCGGAUGUGGAGUCUGUCCUGGACUGCAGGGAAUGACCUCAGCUCACAAUCACUUGGCGUCUCACUUCCAGUUUGUACAAUGCAAUCAGUCAGCCAUUGCGAUCACUCACAGACCAUCAGAAGGCCUCACACAUCAGCCAAGUCACUAAAACUCCACCAAAAUACCGCUCUGUUUAUCUGGCAAGUUCACCCAGUGGUGAGAUUCUAUUCAGCUACAAAUCUGAGGAGGAUAAAAUUACUUUCUGUGCCAUAUAUUGAAAUAAAUCCCUUAUUUUAGCAUUUCAGAUGAUUCAUUACCUACUAAUGGUUUUCUAAUCCCUCGGAGGCCCAUGUCUUCUUUAACUCUCAACUAAGAUAAAAGUGCUUACAAAAGAUGAUGCAAUGAUUCUGGCAUCCUUGAGAUAUGUUUAGUUUCUGCUCAAAAGAAAAAAGGAAAGAAAAAUGAUAGAAAUGCCACAUUUACAGUUCAUCUGCUUGUUCUAUCAAUUUAUCAGAGCUGGGUUCACCAUAAUCAGCUAGAGCUUGAAAGUCUUAGUCACACAGCAGACGUCAGCCAACCAAACGAUGAUUCUUUUUAUCCCAAAGUCAUCUUUCACUGAAGUUACUCAUUUUUCCAAUCACACUCGGGGGCCAAAGACAUCAAACAUAGUCACGGAAGAAAAAAAUUGUGAAGUCUUGGUUGCAAGUGGCUGGCAGCAGGUUUCGGCUAGGUGGUCCAAGUAAGUUCUGGAUGCAGUUUGUAAUUUGUAGCAUUUGAUCAUUUCUGGCCUGUACUGAUGACUCAAUUUUACUUUGAAGCUAAUAAUAGCUUGGAAAGCCGCGGCAGCAAGUCAGAGGAUGCAGCAUCAGUGUGCUUGAAAACAGGACCACUUAUACAAACUGUAUAAAGAGUAUUAUACAAUAGAUGGUUUUAUUGAUGUCUUUCUCAGAUCCUUUAUAUAUUAUUGUGCUUGACCUUCUCAGACUAUUGUAUUUUUCUCUUAUUAGCAGUGAGGUCUAACUCUUGCGUGCAUUUCUAUAUUGUUGUAUAAACUGAUCCCAACAAAAGUGAGUAAACCCCUGAGUGAAAAGGUCCAAAUUGUCAUUGGUGUAUCCUCAAACGCAAGGUGGAGCAGCAAAAGGUCUCUAAUAUUCACCCCCAUGAUGUUGUUAUGAAGACGUGGACGAAGAUACCAGUCGCAACUUGUUCAACGCUGGUGAACUGAAAUGGUCAAUAGAAUAAAGGCAAUGCUGGAAAAUAAUGGUGGCUACACAAAAGAUUGACCCUCUGGACAAAAUUUGUGGUGUUGCCAUUUUUACUGCCAGUGGUUCAGACACUGACGACUAUGUUGAGUUAAUUUGGAAGAAUAAAUUAAAUGUUUUCAAAAAAUGCCAGCAAUUUAUUCAUCUUUAUGAAAUAUUCAACAUGCGUGUGCACAUCUGAGACUAAUGUCCCAACUUUGUUCUUUCAAGGAAGCAACAUGCGCUCCCGUAGCAGCAGCCUGGAGGAUGUCACCAAGGUCAAGCUGGACAAAGAAGGACCCACAGGGCGGCCAGAGCGCCACAGUCGCCAGCGGGAGCCGCCAGAUGACACUGGCACUGUCCAGCGGAACCACAACACCAACAAGAAUGGUGGCAGCAGCGCUACAAAGGGGGGCCGCAGGGAAAAGGCAAGAGACCUUACGCGUGAUGACUUGGUCUUCCUGCUGAGCUUGCUGGAGGGAGAGCUGCAGGCAAGAGACGAGGUGAUUACUGUGCUGAAGGCCGAAAAAAUCGAUUUGGCCCUUCUGGAAGCCAAAUACGGCUUUGUCACACCACCCAAAGUGUUGCAAGCUCUGCAACGGGAUGCCAUCCAGGGAAAAGCUGAUGGAUUGCAGGAAGACAUCUACGAAAGGCCCAUGGUGGAGCUGGACAAGCUGGUGGAGAAGCACAGGGAGACGUACCGCCGCAUGCUGGAGCAGCUGUUGAUGGUGGAGCAGGCCCACAAACAGGUCCUGCACAAGAUGGCGGCCGAAAAGCGCAACCAUGGCGACUUUAUGAGGAAAAGCGACGAGUUCACCAACCUGCUGGAGCAAGAACGUGAGAGGCUGAAGCUCUUAAUUGAUCAGGAAAAGGCCUAUCAACAACGCAAGGACCAAGAGAACAAUAAAAAGGUUAUAAGUCUGAAAGAGGAGCUAACAAGGGUCAAGUCCUUUGCGUUGAUGGUGGUAGAUGAACAGCAGCAUCUCAACGAGCAGCUCAGCCAACAAACGGCCAAGGUCCAACAGCUGAGCACCAGCACUUCAGAGGUUCAGGAGCAGUUGAGCUUGGCCAAAAGAAACCUGCAGGAAGAGGAACAGAAGGUGUGUCGCCUGGAAACAGAACUGCGUGACUGCAUCAGUCGACACCAUCGGGAGCAGGAGGCCAUGACGGCCAAGUUGACAAGUGAGGAUGCACAGAAUCGGCAGCUGCGUCAGAAGUUAUCAACUCUCAGCCGGCAGCUUGACGAACUGGAGGACACCAAUAAGACACUGCGUCGAGCAGAGGAGGAACUGCAGGAACUCAGAGACAAAAUUAGCCGAGGUGAAUGUGGAAACUCCACUUUCAUGCCAGAAUUGGAGGAGCUACGGAAAAGAGUACUUGAAAUGGAGGGAAAGGAUGAGGAAUUGAUUCGAAUGGAGGACCACUGCAGGGACCUCAACAAAAAACUGGAAAAAGAAGCAAGCCAAAGCUAUACUUUGAAGGCUGAAGUUGAUAAACUGAAUCAGAGAAUUAUGGACUUGGAAAAACUAGAGGAUGCAUUUUGCGAGAGUAAACAAGAAUGCAACUCACUAAAAAAUAACCUUGAGAAAGAAAAAAACACAUCAAAGACUCUCUCUGGUGAACUCGAAGCCUUGAAAUCUCAAGUUAAACACUUGGAGUGUGUUGAGGGUCAUCUCGAAAAGACAGAGGUAACACUGAAGGAGGACCUUUCCAAGUUAAAGACACUGACAGUCAUGUUGGUUGAUGAGAGGAAGGCCAUGGGAGAGAAGCUCAAGCAGAUGGAAAACAAGGUACAAAGCAGCACUGGGAAACUUAAAGUGGAACAGGAUAAGGUAACAUCAGUCACAGAAAAGCUCAUUGAAGAAAGUAAAAAAGCAUUAAAGGCAAAGGCUGAACUAGAAGUGAAGAUGUGUGAUGCCAAGAGGGAGCGGGAUGACCUAAAGGCAGAAUUAAGGGAGGAGAAGGAGAGGAACGUCGAUUUGCAGUCAAAAAUCAAUAUGAUGAAAAAAAGGUUGCAAUCGCUAGAGACUAUAGAAAGAGACUACCUGAGGAGCAAAGUCAAAGAGGAGCACGUUAAAACCCCUCUAGCCAACCACAUCCAACAAGAGGACAACAAAGUCAAAGACUUGACCCAAGAGGUUGAGCGACUCCGACAGAAACUCAAAGACAUAAGGGUUGUAGAUGGUGACCUCUUAAAAACAGAGACACUUGAAUCCUUGGAGAAGAGAUUUACAAAUGAGCAAGAAAAGGCCAAGGCUUUGAGCCAGGAGCUGGAAAUAUCAAGAAAAGAACUUUCCACAUACCGGCUCGCCGAGAAGAAUGAGUCCAACCAAGAGCAUGUUUUGUUCAAACGUCUGAAGGAAGAGGAGGCCAAGUCAAGUCAUUUGGCACAGGAGGUUGAAGCUCUCAAAGACAAGAUCCACGAAUAUAUGGGACAAGAGGAGUCCUUAUGCCGCAUGAAGACGGACCAGACCACCGUGCGAAGGAAGCUGACCCAACAGGAGGUCCGAAACAAAGAACUGGUCAGGGAAAUGGAGACGCUUACACGGGAGCUGGAACGAUAUCGAAGAUUUAGCAAAAGUUUGCGCCCUGGCAUGAAUGGUAGGCGCUUUUCUGAUUUGCACCUUGCCACCAAAGAGGUCCAGACUGAGUCUCGUGACCUCUUGACAGCAGUCCCAUUAGGGCAUGUCAUGCUUAACGGGAAGCUGUGUGAUGAGAGCGAAUCUGAGGACAACGAGAUCCACACCAAAUGUGGCCCCUCCCUUGUAAAUAAUAUCAAUAACCUCAAUAACAACAUGAGAAGAGUCCAAUGUGCUAAAUCCAAUGAGGUUCCUCACCAGCUGAAUGGCAAGUUGAAACCGCGGCCCAAUGGUAACAGUGUACAGGCUGGAGACGUGGUAUUAACCCACAGUCCUGGCCAGUCGCUUCAGAUUAAAGUGACUCCUGAGCAUGGACACAACAUGGCGACACUUGAGAUCACCAGCCCUACCACGGAAAACACACAGUCCUUUACCAGUACCGCCAUUAUACCCACAAGCGGAGGCCCGCCCAAACAGAGAAUUACCAUCAUCCAGAACACAGCCAUUUCCCCGACUGCGAAAUGCAGAGGUUCCCCGAUAUCAGACAGGUCUUGCUCGCCAGACAGGAUGCUCUCCCCUCUUACAAUGACAACAUAUUCUAGAGCCCUGACACCUGACUCUUGUAACUCUCUGACCCCUGACAGAGCAAUGUCCCCUAUCCAAAUUGUUUCCGUCACAACAGGCACCCCUGACCGGAAUGUCUCAGUUGACCCAAUGGAGGUAGCCGGUGGGCACGCUAUUGUUCGUGUGACCCCUGAGCGUCAGAACAGCUGGCAGGUGCAGAGAUCCAACAACUCUGGGCCAAACGUUAUCACCACAGAGGAUAACAAAAUCCAUAUUCAGUUGGGAAGUCCCUUCAUUCAUAGUGUGAGCUCACCAGCACUGCAGGAGCAAAGGAUCACUAACGACAGCAUUGCAACACCCAAAAGCAAGAGCAAAGUCACUAGUAGCAUCAUGAUUAAGCCCACCGCCACCCAAAACCAACGGCCAUCACAGAUUACAAUACCUCAAGAAUCAUUCAGACGCCCAGGGCCGACACGCAUCCCAAAACCAAAGGGCUACGCUUCUGUAAAAGGCACAAACGGCAACGGGCUGCUACCGAUUGGGAGCCAGUCCUUGCACACUACUCUCAGUAGUGGCAAAGAUCAAGCUGUGCACACGUCUGCAGCCCGCAGAAACAACAACAGCAACCCGAACCUUGCCAACCGCAGACUUUAA